CAUUCUUAUCAGUUGUCAAAUGUCAAUCAUUUCAUAGCAAGGGAAAAGUAUAUAUUUGAGAAUUUUAUAUUUUAUUUCUAAAGAAAAGCUCAGAAUUCUCAAUUUUCUGAAUUAUUGAGGGAAAUAUUAUCUAAAGUAGAAACAAGAGUUUCACAAGAAAAUUAUAUGGGAAUAUAAUGACGUCUAUAAUCUUAGCUCGAAAACUGACUUCAGUUAAAGUAAGUAAAGAAGAAUUUGAAAAAAUUAAAUUAUUGAAAGCGGUAACUACAGAGAAAUCUUUAAAAAUUAUAAAGUACCUUAAGAAAAUAAUUGAAGCACAAAAUACAAAUAAAACAUGUCGGCUAUGUCUAAAACCUGGGACAACAUCGAUCUUUAAUAAUGACAAAGAUUAUGACAUGGUUAAAAGCAUCAAGCAUAUACUUGGUGUUGAGGUAUCAGAGAAUGAUGGCAAACCACAACAUAUAUGCAGCGACUGUGAAUCUACACUGAGAGAUGCUGAUAGACUGAGACAAACUGCUGAGGCCACACAGUGGAGAUUACAACAGGAAUUAGAAAUGGUUGCAAACACAUCGUUAGGACUUGAUGAGGAAAAGUCAUCAUACAACGCUCAUGGGGGACACUUUGUGGAAAAGGAAGGGAAGAUUGCACGAAGAUGGUCUUGUGGAAAAUGUUUGCGGAGGUUUGAUGUCCAGUCUGAAUUCAUUGAGCAUGAAAACCAAUCAUCCUGCUGUCAAUUGAAAUUCUACAUUUGUGAAACAUGCGGUAUGGAGUUUAAGACGUUGGCGAGACUUAAAAGGCAUGGGCUAGUCCACAACGGGUCCCUGGUGUACGCGUGCGCGGAGUGUCCUUACCGCGCGCGCACGCCGUACGCGCUGGUUGUGCACGCGCGCACACACUCGGGCGCGCGUCCGCUGUGCUGCUCGUGCGGCGCUUCGUUUCCGAGCGCUUCGAGUCUCGCCUCUCAUCGCCGUACGCACCGACCGCCCGCUUACCACUGCCCACAUUGUGAGAAGAGCUUUCGGUUUAAGCAGUCUUUACGGAAUCAUAUUGCAUCACAACACAGCACAGCCAAGCCCCAUGUUUGUAACACUUGUGGAAAAGCAUUUGCAACAAGGAAGUUGAUAUGCCGACAUGAGAGGAGAGUACACAAUCGCCCCAAAAUGAGAUCAGGAACAUUACCUACGUAUUUAAAACAACAAGAGGAACUGAGAAGUUAAACCAUAAUGAUGAAACACACAUUGAAAAAUAUUCAGUUUUUAUAUACUUACUCUGUUGUCAAAUGAAGUUAAAAUUAAAUGAUCUCUAUUUUUAUUUUUUGAUGUAUUGUAGCUUCCUAAUGACAGAAAUAAAUGUAUAGUGUUGAGUA